CUGAGCCGCUGCGCGCUGCUGUCUCUGACUCUCUCCAGAUCGAAGAUGGCGGUGUCCGUGUUCUCAGGCGUGCGCCUCCUCUCCAUCGGAGACGCCAAUGGAGACAUCCAGCGGCAUUCAGAGCAGCAGCCUCUGCGACUGGAGAUCAAGAUGAACCAGGACGCGGCUCAAAUCAUCCUCUCGAACAAUGAGGAGACGUGUGUCUUUAAGUGUACAGUAUUGCGGGAGACGGAGUGCAGUCGUGUCGGGAAGCAGUCCUUCAUCAUUACUCUAGGCUGUAACAGUGUCCUCUUGCAGUUUGCAUCUCCAGCAGAUUUCUCGUCGUUCUAUAACCUCUUGAAAAUUUGUCGUGGACAAAAAGGUGACCGCUCAGUCUUUAGUGACAGGACAGAGGAGUCUUCAGCUGUACAGUAUUUUCAGUUUUAUGGGUAUCUCUCUCAGCAACAAAACAUGAUGCAGGAUUAUGUACGAACUGGAACAUAUCAACGAGCCAUCCUCCAGAAUCAUACUGACUUCAAGGAUAAAGUGGUGCUGGAUGUAGGUUGUGGCUCUGGGAUUCUUUCAUUUUUUGCAGCUCAAGCUGGUGCCCGCAAAGUUUAUGCUGUGGAGGCCAGCACCAUGGCUCAACAUGCAGAGGUUCUUGUAAACAGUAACAGGCUGUCAGAGCGUGUUGUAGUGAUUCCUGGGAAAGUGGAGGAAGUGUCUUUACCCGAGCAGGUGGACAUUAUCAUCUCCGAACCCAUGGGCUACAUGCUGUUCAAUGAAAGGAUGCUGGAGAGUUACCUACACGCCAAGAAAUUCCUCAAGCCCAAUGGCAAAAUGUUUCCCACCAUUGGAGACGUUCACCUCGCCCCGUUCACAGAUGAGCAGCUUUACAUGGAGCAGUUUACAAAGGCCAAUUUCUGGUACCAGCCGUCUUUUCACGGGGUGGAUUUGUCUGCGCUGAGAGGAGCUGCAGUAGAUGAAUACUUCAGACAGCCUAUUGUGGACACUUUUGAUAUCAGGAUCCUGAUGGCCAAAUCUGUCAAAUACACAGUCAACUUUUUAGAAGCUAAAGAAGAGGAUCUUUACAAGAUAGAAAUCCCCUUCAAAUUCCACAUGAUGCAUUCAGGGCUUGUACAUGGGCUGGCGUUCUGGUUUGACGUUGCAUUCAUAGGAUCAGUGAUGACCGUGUGGCUCUCGACGGCCCCCACAGAGCCCCUCACUCACUGGUACCAGGUGCGCUGUCUGCUGCAGUCACCUCUCUUUGCCAAGGCAGGGGACACAAUGUCAGGCACUGCACUUUUAAUCGCCAACAAGAGACAAAGCUACGAUAUUAGUAUUGUUGCUCAAGUGGAUCAGACAGGCUCCAAAUCCAGUAAUCUACUUGAUCUCAAGAACCCUUUCUUCCGGUACACGGGCACAACACCUGCCCCUCCUCCAGGUUCACAUUAUAGCUCUCCCUCAGAGAACAUGUGGAACACUGGGGGAACAUACAGCAUGAGCCAAGGCAUGGCUGUGUCAGGGAUGCCUACAGCCUAUGACCUCAGCACUGUCAUUGGUGGCAGUGGGACAACAGUGUCCCACAACAAUCUCAUCCCCCUUGGUACAGACACGCAUGCACUGAACACGGGGAUCGUAAACCACACUCACUCCAGAAUGGGCUCUAUAAUGAGCACCGGAAUCGUCCAGGGGGCCACAACUGCACAGCAGGGUCCAAGCAGCGCCAGUCUUCAUUACCCCGUCACCAACCAGUUCACCAUGGGCGGUCCUGCGAUCUCCAUGGCAUCUCCCAUGGCCAUCCCCAGCAACACCAUGCACUACGGGAGCUAAGGCUGAGGGGACGGCCUCUGCAUGUCCGAUUCUCCAAACGUCCCCUUUACCCCCCUGCAAACCAACAGCCAAAUUCAGAAAACCAAAACCAGUGCACCAGUCUCUGACCAUCACUUUAUACUCUCUCUGUCUCUACAUACAUAAUAUAUAGAUAUACAUGUAUACUUAUAUGUAUAUAUUCUAAAAUUUCUUUCACUGGCGUUUUAUUCUGACAUAUCCGUCCCGCGGCCCUAUGAUGUUAGCGUGCGCAGGCAUUUGGCCAGUUCAAUGUGCCUGAGGUGUCACUGUUACUCCUAAGUCCCC